GCUCUGCCUGGCACUGUCUCCUGGCUGUGCAUCAGGACGGUGCUGCCCUGAGCUACAAGAAAGGGACAGCUGAACCUCACCCUGUAUCCCAGCUGACUCUUACCUCAGGUGGACAUGGCCUGCAGGGGUCGCACUCGACACAGGGGCCUGGCUUGGGCCCUGCAACUGACCCUGGCAUGGAUCCUGCUGGGAGCUUGUGGAGGGAGCCACUCACUCCCAGCUAGAUCCCGGAGACACCAUAGACUGGCAACCAGUCUGGGCACAGGCCAGCUGCACCUGGCAGAGAUGAACACAGCAGAGGCAUCGGACUCUGGGAUCGUCCCAGUGCACUGUGGGGAGCUGAGUCCCGGGUGCGAAUCCUUCUUGGGACACCUCCAGGUUGCCCUCCGCAGUCGUUUCAACCUGCUACUACUGGGGGUACGCCAGACGCAGCCGCUCUGCUCUGAGCUCUGCGAUGCCUGGUUUGCCACCUGCGAAAGUGAUAUCACCUGCAGCCCGACUUGGCUCCCACUCCUAGAAAAGAGGGGCUGCGAGCCUGGCUGCACGACCUAUGGGCAGGCUUUUGCUGACGGAGCGGAGCUUUGCCGCUCGCUUCUGGGCUACGCACUACCAGUAGCGGAUCCUGGCUCCGGUCACUGCCUCAACGUUUCCAUCUCGGUGCUGCCGCGUCCCAGACACGCAAGGAGGGCCCGGGAAACACGUUUCCGGCGCUCCCGCCGCCCUCGCACCUGGAUGCUGGACCCUGCGAGCAGCGGGAGUGGCAGUGGAAGUGGCAGCGGCCCCUAG